AUGAUUAAAGGAGGCCAAAUAAUGCCUCGGGCGUUAGUAAAGAAAAUAGUAAAUUAUUUAGAGGAUUUAGAGAAAAGGAAGAUGAUUAAAAAAUCAACAUCGGAAUGGAGAAAUCUUAUAAGAGCAAUAGAAGAGUUUAAUGGAGAUAUCAUAUUGGUUAAUAACUCAAUAGCUUUAAACAGCAUUUUAGAAAAAGAUGAAUAUAGGCCUUUAAAUGUAAGAGAAAUUAUCCGAGCUACUCAAGAAGCUGGGGUUAUGGCCGUAUUUGAUUUAAAAGAACGAUUUUAUUACGUAGAAAUUGCGGGGGACGAUACGUUUAAGAUGGCCUUUGAAUCCAAUGGGAGACUAUAUGAAUGGAACAGCAAGGUUAUGGGGUUUAAAAAUUUUCCUCGGAUUUUGCAAAGAAUAAUGGAUAGGACGUUUUUGGAUUUAAAAGGUAGGGGAGUAGACAGACACAUACAUGGAUGA